ACGCACUACAAAAAAAUGACUGCAGUGCUAUUCCGAAGUCCAGAAUCAGAUGAGCCCGUUCGUCAUCUGUUCCCAAAAACGUAAAAUAGAAUAACAGUUUCAAUUACUGAAUCCAUCAAGAUGAGAAUAGGCGCAUUGGUAGCAUCAGUUUUACUGGGUUAUUUCAUCCAGACUUGUAGCAGUGCGAAUAUUGUGGUAAUAUACGCAGUGUGCUCCAAGAGUCAUAUGUUGGCCGUCAUGCCUGCCGUCGAAGAACUGGCACUGAGGGGUCACCAGGUGACUGUCAUUUCUCCGUUCAAAGGUAUCGCGAAAGACGUCCACAAUGGCCACGAAAUAGUCUUGCCAGAUAUCGCCAAAAUGAUUGACGAAACUGAGGUAGACUGGUUCUCUAUGCAAAAACAGGGAACGACGCAAUUUUUGAGCAUGAUGACCUUCGUGAAAGCCAUGUCUUUAAAAGCGUGUGACAGUAUUUUCAGCCAUCCUGAAUUCCAAGAAAUUGUCAAACAGCGACAAGUUGAUUUAUUCAUCGUAGACGGCAUGUUUCACGAAUUCAUUUACCCCGUUUUCGACCUAAUCAAAGUGCCAUUCGUAACUCACAGUUCAUCUUCGGCUUUCCCCAACACAUUGGCUGCCAUGGGCGCACCAUUAGAUUACGCCUCCGUUCCGCUUCCCACAACAGAUUUCAGUACUCCCAUGACAUUUACCCAACGACUGAUGAACAUUAUCCCCACCGAAAUUAUGAACUUGAUUGUUGAGUACUAUAUUAAAAACGAUUUAAAUGUUAUCGUCAAAAACUAUUUUCCCGGAGCACGAACCAUAGAUGAAGUGCAAGGAGAAGCUAGUAUUUGCAUCAUUAACAGUCAUCCGAUGACUAAUUGGCCGCGUUCGCUACCACCCGCCAUGAUCCCAGUAGGAGCACUACACACAAGGCCGGCCAAAACACUCCCACAGGGAUUAAAAGAGUUUGCUGAUGCGGCAAAAGAAGGUUUAGUGGUAUUCACAUUAGGAUCGGCCGUUCCCGUUUCAUCGAUGCCAAAGGAAACGCUUGCUUCUUUCAUCAGAGUCUUUUCAAAACUUCCACAGCAAGUGAUAUGGAAAUGGGAGGCUGAAAUACCUUCAAAUUUGCCGCCUAAUAUUAAGAUGGUGAAAUGGCUGCCACAACAGGAUUUUCUUGGACAUCCGAACGCACGACUUUUCAUUACACACGGUGGGCUGUUGGGUACUCAAGAAGCAGCAUACCACGGAGUCCCAAUGUUGGGCUUGCCAUUUGGAAACGAUCAAAGAGGAAAUGUUGCUAAGGUUAAAAGCGAAGGAUGGGGAUGGCAACUAGACUGGGACAAAAUCAAUGACAGCGUCUUGGAAAAAACUCUAAAUUACCUCAUUCACGACCCAAGCGUCCGGGCAAAUGCAUCUCGAGUGUCACGUUUGAUGCAAGAUCAAAUUAUACCGGGAAAAGAAGUUGCCGUCUACUGGAUAGAAUACGUCAUCCGUCACGGUGGAGCAAAACACCUCCAACUCUCAUCCAAAAACAUGCCAUUUUAUCAACGUUAUCUGAUUGACGUUGCCUUAUUUCUCAUUAUUGUUGCUUUUGUCCUGUCGUACCUGUGCAUCGCCAUUAUUCGCCUCAUAGCCCGUCAAUGGUUUUCAGGCAAGAGCUCGAAACAUAAAAUAAAUUAAAUUCUUUCUGUAACCGUUUAAAACGGUUGUGGCUAACGCUGUGCUAAGGAUCUUAUUAAAAUUGAAUAAAAAAUUAAUAAGGAAA